CACUUACGCAAAGCAUUUCUCCAUUGCUGGCCAUUGUUUUCAAGCCGAGGGUCCUUCAAUUUCUACCUACCGUUUCCCCAUUUUUAAGCGUAUAUAUCUUCCAACUUCUUCUUCUUCUUCUUUCAUUUCUAUUUUUUCAUCCGUCAAACAUCAAACAAGAAAUAAAUAAAAGAAAGAGAAUGGGUCGUUUCUGGACUUUGCUGACUCAUGUUCAUUCCUUAGCAGGGCCUGUGGUGAUGCUCAUCUAUCCCCUAUAUGCAUCUGUGAGAGCGAUAGAGAGCACUUCCAGGAAUGACGAUGAGCAAUGGUUGGCUUACUGGAUCUUGUACUCCUUCCUCACACUGGCGGAGAUGGUCUUCCAAACUAUUCUUGCCUGGAUGCCCAUAUGGUACGACAUGAAGCUGCUGCUAGUGCUGUGGCUGGUUCUUCCUCAGUUCAGAGGCGCAACUUUUAUAUACGAGAGAUUUGUUAGGGAACAACUCAGUAAAUACACCGGCAACAAAACUCAUUCCCAUAAGAAGGGACAGCACGAGGCGUAUUGAGCUAGGGAAGAUCUGUCCCCCUUCUUCUCUUUCUUCUUUUUUUCAUCAGAUUUGUCUGUUUUAUUUGUAUUAUUGAAAUAAAAAUUGGGGUUUGCAAUUUUUAUCUGUUUUUUUUUUCUUUUUUCUUCUCGGUUUGUCAAACGUGUGUAUUGGGGGAGUUUGCUGAGUGGUUAGAUGUUUAUGGUGAUGAAAAGCGUAUCCGUAGAAUCAGGGGCGGAGCCAGAAAACUUUUAUAAAAGGAUUAAACGAAGUAUGGAUGGACCUGUAGGGGGCAACUAUUGAAGUAGAGAGUGGGGAGGGCAAAAUUUACGUAAGUGGAGAGUUUCUGAACCAUAGGGGGGCCAUGGCUCCCCCGGGCUCCGCCCCUAAGUGGAACGGUUGCCACAGGAGUCUAGCGUAUUCCACUAUUUUGACUUUGACCCAAUAUGUAUCAUGUAAAUACGUAUGUACAUAACAAUAUAUUUAUGAUAGGCUGUGCCCCACAAUGCUA